AUGGCUUAUAAUAAUUACGGGCAGUGCUAUAGUGGACAGUGUGAUUUUCCCACGUUGACAAAUAUACAACCGUCGUUAUGUUUUCAGACUUCUCAAAAUUCAAACAAUGUGCCACAUUUAUUAAAUAAUUAUGAAGGAAAUAGUUGUUGUGAAAUUCAAGUACCUUCCACAAACAUUACCCCAUGUGAAUACUCCAAUUCUAAUGUAAACUCACAAGUUAUUUAUCCUCAAUAUGAGUAUAGUUCAUGUAUUAGAAAAGAAUACAAUGAUUGUAAUCAGAUUUCUUCUGAAACGACACCAGUAACAGAAGGGUUCUAUAAUCAUGGGCCGAAAUAUUCACAAAAUGUAACUUCAGAAAAUCAAAUUUACUAUUCUCCCAACGAACCUACUUGUAGUAUAAAUCAACAAAUUCCAGUCAACGAUAAUUCCUUAAAAUCGAAAAGUCCAUCAGAAUUGGGUAAUAAAAAGGAUAAAAUAAGAACGCGACAGAUAUAUUCUAAACAACAAACUAGAAUUUUAGAAGAAGAAUUCCAGAAAAAUCCCUACAUAAGUAAAGCACAAAGAGCUCAAUUAUCAAAACAUCUGUACCUUUCUGAAACAAAGAUAAAAACUUGGUUUCAAAACAGAAGAACAAAAAUAAAAAAGAUAUGGAAUUUUCAACAACCAUAA